AUGAUGCACCGCCCAUCCCCCCGCAUGGAAGGAGUGGACGUCAAACUGGCCUCGAAGUGCCGGCGACCAGAUGGAAGCGUAUGGUUGAACGAGUAUCGCGUUUGCGAGAAGCUAGCAAGUACUGAGCUUUCCAGUGUCUUUCGGGUAGAGGAGGCAAACCCAACCAGUGGAGUUACCACAAGCUUUUGCUGCAAACGGUACCGGAAGAUGCUUCUCUUGAGACGUAGGGAAUAUCGCCCUGGCCCAACUGGGAUGGGUUUUAUGGCCAAAAUGGAGGAUGUGAAGGAGGAGGCACGCAUAUUGGCACUUCUGGAUCAUCCACGAUGCUUGAAACUAAAAGAUGUCCUCGACUCCAAUCCGGAAUCGGCGGAUGGCAAAGUCUAUUUUAUUACAAAUUUUUUGCCUGGAGGAGCAUUGAUGGUGCUAAACCCAAUGCGAGAUGACGAGCUAGUACGAAGCUGCCAACUGAGCUCUGAUGCGCCAGAGUCGGUCGUGGCAGACAUGUCUGUCACUGAAGAUAUAAUCCGAGAAAAGUUUACUCCACAAUUGGAAACGUUAAGAACUUUCACAGAAGCCCAGGCAAAGUGCUUCAUUCGCGACGCUGCAGAAGGUUUGGCGUACUUGCACGAACAUCUUGGGAUUUGCCACCGGGAUCUAAAGGUAGACAACCUUCUAUUAGGCGCCGAUGGCAGAGUCUGCGUGGGUGACUUUGGGAGCGCCGAGAAAAUUGGAGCGAAUGGCAAGGUUAGACACACAAAGGGCACAUACAUGUUCAUGGCGCCUGAGUGCCUUCGCCCAGUAGAGGAAUCCAAGCCAUACGAAGGACAUGAUGGCCGCGCUGCAGACGUCUGGGCGUUAGGAAUCUGCGCAUACGUCAUGGUAUUCGGAUCAGUUCCUUUCAGUGCCAGCUCGAUAGAAAGUCUAUUUGAGGCUAUUGGGGAAGGAAUUGUUACAAUUCCGGACAGCCCGCCCAUUUCACCGGAGCUGCGUGACUUCUUCCUCCAGGUCCUCCAUCCGGAGUGGCAAGACCGUAUCUCUGUACACCAGAUCCUAAAACACCCAUGGGUGGCAUCAGCAAACAGCGCGGAUGCUGCUGCGUAUGCCCAGGCGCUUUUGCGGCAGCGUGCAGAACGUCGCCAGCGCCCAGCGUGA